AUGUCUGCCUCCGAGGAUUUAAUUGAUUUUGAUAUAAUUGAGAAUCAAAAGGAAAAUAUUCAAUCAUUACCACAAGGAAGAUCAGCACGAAACCUUGCAAAAUUAUUCUCCCCCUCUCCUCUACAACCCCUCUCAACACCUACACCAUCCGAUACAAGAAACCUAAACGAUGCAAUUAGAGAAGAAUAUGAAGCAGAACUAUUCAAUAUUGGAGAAUCAGAUGACCCAUUAGAUAUCUUUGAUCGAUAUGUCAAAUGGACACUUGAUGCAUACCCCUCCGCACAAGCAACGCCCAAUUCACAGCUCGCCCCUCUCCUUGAGCGCGCAACGAAAACGUUCCUCAAUUCUCCACAAUAUAAAAAUGAUCCACGAUAUCUGAAGCUUUGGCUUCAAUAUAUACGAUUUUUCUCCGAUACUCCACGCGAAACAUUUGCUUUUUUGGCUCGUCAUAAUAUUGGUGAAGGAUUAGCAUUAUUUUACGAAGAAUUCGCAGGAUGGCUAGAAGGUGCUGGCAGAUGGGUCCAGGCGGAGGAAGUUUUUCAAAUGGGUAUUGAUAAGGAGGCUAGACCGGCACCACGUUUGUUGCGCAAAUUCAAAGAGUUCCAGGAAAGAUUUGCUGCUAGACCGGAUAGCGGUAAUGAACCUUCAUCACCGGCAUUGCCUACAGUUCGACCUGCACUUGCCGCAAAAAUUGACCCAUAUGCUGCAGUUGCGCCGGCUCCUGAGGAUCCUCAAGCACCGAGACCAUCUGCGGGCGUGGGUGGUUCAUCGACGACGAAGAGUGGUAAGCAGAAGUUGAAGAUUUUCUCGGAUGAUGAAAAUGGUGCUCCAGCAGUCUCUGCUUCCCCAGGAUCAGGAUGGCAGAGUAUAGGAUCGUUGGCAGAUAGAAAGAAGGAAAAUAGGAUUGAGCCCAAGCCAUGGGUUGGAGAAACGUUGAAAGCUGGUGGGAAAAAGAGCAGUACCAAGAUACCAAUUUUCAAGGACGAGUCUAUACCAUUACCACAAAUCACAAAUCCAGAAUUGCAACAAGUGACUAUUAAUCCAAAAAAUGGAAGAAGUGAACGCAUUUUUGUUAAUCUCGAAGCUGUGUAUCCUACUCCUGAUCAGAUUGGGACGGAAUUAAGUUUUGAAGAGUUACGUGCUGCUCAUCGUGGAUGGUUGGAUAAGUUGUGGGAACCAGAAUUGGAUAUACCAUCAGAGGAGCCCGUGUCAGAUGAACCAACUCAAGAUUCUAACGUUAGUAUUGAAACUAUCACUCGAGAUAUUCCGGACAAACUUGUCAUUGCUCGUGAUCCAGUAUUCUCAGAUGAAAAUAGACCGGAGAAACUUGUUAUUCCUAAAGAUGCAGUAUAUUUGGAUGAGAAUGGGGCAAAGAAAGAACACAAUAAGGAAACCAAGCAUAGGCGAAUGAAAGUUAAGGAGGUCAAUAAGACACAAAUAAUCAGUGCCAAACUUUCUUCGCCGACGGGGAAGAAGAUGACCAAGCGGAAAUCAUCAAAAGAGCAAACGAUGACUCUUCAUACUAAAGCAGCAACUGAUGAGAUUUAUGACAUCUUUAAUCAGCCACUCAAGGCAGCGGAUGAAGAGGAAGAGGAAGAAGAGGAAGAAAGUGAUGACGAUGACGAGGAUAUGACUGAUGGCGAUUAUACGAGUGGAGGUGAAAGCACCAUGACUGGAAGACUUAAUGUUAUGAGUGAAGCAGGUGAUGAUGACGAAACUACUGAUGUGAAAAGCGAAAGCGAGUGGACCGAGUUUACAGCUCAAAAGAAUGUCACUGAUGUGGAUGAUCAAGAUGAGACGCGAGCUUCAACAUUCUCUGACGCAGAAGAUGAAGAAUUUGAGGCUAUCAAAGUCGCGAUUCCUCGUGAUGUUGAAGAAAACGAUGAGCUUGUGACUCCGAUAUCUGAAGAUGGACCUUCUAAUUCAACAACUAGUUUUGUUCCAAUACCUCCAGAAGAUUAUGAUCCACCGACUCACCCAUAUCGAGAUCCUGCUCAAGUUUCUCAAAAUCGACUUCCUUUCAUGACCCCGAUCGUUGAGAGGACGGAAUCAUCUCUCGGCUUACCAACAAUUAGAGACCAGAAAAAUUAUUUCAAUUCUACUACUAGCCCGAGUAAAGGAAGUGGAUCGAAAAUACAAGUGUUCCAGGAUGAUGAUGGCAGUAGUCCGUUGAGGGAAAUCAUCAAUGAAGCAAAACCUACCGAUAGAAUACCACAACCACAAUUAGGCAAGAAAAAGCCACUGUCGAAUUCAACAGCAUUCGCUAAAGAAAUAACACCCAAGGGACCUAUCAUUCACGACUCACAGUGCAACCCAGUGGAUGAAAGCAUCCGUCAAUUAAUCUUCGAAAAGUUACAACCACCACUUAGCUCUUACGAGGGUUUCUUUCAGCAUGACGAAGCAAGAGGUCAGUCAGCGGAGUUGAAGAAGUAUGCUAAAGCUGUCUCAAAAGCAAAAGGUUCAAGCGACAGAACAAGUAUCUCUGCAGCGCCGGUCCUGGAAUUUCCCGGUACAGAUAGACAUUAUACACUAAAGCGAGAGCUUGGUGCUGGUGCGUUCGCUCCUGUAUUCCUCCUCAAAAGUGCAACAAACGAUGACGAGCAAGACGAGAACGAAACCCCAGCAGUCAUGGGUAAAGGAGCUUUCGAUCAUUUUAACCGCAAGUCAUUAGAAGCACUUAAAAUGGAAGAUCCACCAAGUGCAUGGGAGUUCUACAUUAUGCGUCAAGCAAAACGUAGAUUAGGGGUUUCUCGUCCAGCAGAAAGUAUCAUCGAUGCAUAUGAAAUGCAUCUUUACAGAGAUGAAUGCUACCUGAUAGAAGAAUACAGAGAUCAAGGUACUCUUCUUGAUCUCAUCAACAUCUCCCGUGCAGAUGCCAAAUCUCCAGGAGGUGUCAUGGACGAACUCCUCGUCAUGUUCUUUACCAUCGAACUUUUCCGAACAAUCGAAGCUCUCCAUUCUAAAGGAAUCCUUCAUGGCGAUCUUAAAGCAGAUAAUUGUCUCGUACGCUUCGACACACUUUCAGAUGACGAUGUUUGGAGUCCAAAAUAUAAGAGGGAUGGUAGCGGGUGUUGGAAUAAAAAGGGGAUUUCGCUAAUUGAUUUUGGGAGAGGAAUUGAUAUGAAAUGUUUCAAACCAGAAGUACAAUUUAUUGCGGAUUGGAAAACAAGUCCUCAGGAUUGCGCGGAGAUGAGAGAAUUGAGACCUUGGACUUAUCAAAUCGAUUAUCAUGGAUUAGCUGGUAUUAUCCAUUCGAUGCUUUUUGGAAAAUAUAUAGAUACCAUCGCUGAGAGACCGAAUGGUGGAUCUAGCGACGCUAUUGGUGGAAUAGGUGGAGGAAUCGGUGGUGGUUUACGCAAAUGGAAAAUUAAAGAGGGAUUGAAGAGAUACUGGCAAACGGAAAUUUGGGCAGGCGUCUUUGAUUUAUUGUUGAAUCCUCAAGGUUAUGUGGAUGGUGAGGAAGGUGGAAGAAUGCCGGUUAUUAGAGGAAUGAGGGUUAUGAGGGAGGAGAUGGAGAGCUGGUUGGAGGCGAAUUGUGAGAAGGGGAUGGGGUUGUUGAAGGGAGUUAGGAGGUUGGAAGAGGGGGUUAGGGAGAGGAGUAAGGGGAGGAGGUAG